AUGACAGAUCAGGGUAGCUUGAACGACUACUUCCCUGAUGUUGUCAAGCACUUUCUGGAUCACUUCCGAAGCAUAAUGGACAGAGCUAAAGACACAACUAUGGAAAUCCAACCGAGUUGCAUUGCUAUGGGUCCCAAACUCAAUAUGGACCAGCAUGUAUAUUUAUUAAAACCUUUCUUUUAUAAAGAAGUUAGAGCUGCAAUGUUUAGUAUUCCUAGUACUAAAUCUCUAGGCCCUGACAGAUUUGGUUCUGGUUUUUUUAAAUCUGUGUGGUCUGUGGUGGGGAAUUAUAUUCACACAGCUAUUGCUCAUUUGUUUGAAUCCAAUCUAUUUCCUGUUGAGCUUCAUAAUACGACCCUAUCUCUAAUUCCAAAAACAGAUUGUCCUUCCAAAGUUGUUGACUAUAGGCCCAUAACUUGCUACUCAACUCUUUACAAGGAUCCCUCUAAGACCGACGAAAUAGAGGCUGGAGGACUGUGGUUUAAUCUUGAAAAAGAUGAAACAGAGGCUUCAUUCUUGGGCCAAAAAGCACCUUUCUUUUACUGGCAGAAUUCAGCUAAUUCAAACUACCUUGAUUGGCUUAAGGAACUGCUGGAUGAGAGUGUUUCUUUUGCCUCAAAGUGUUAUAAAAGAAAUUGA